AUGGAACAAUCAUCAGUGUUCUUCAUCAUCUGCAUGCUGCAUUCCUUCAUCACCCUAACCUGUGGAGGCCUCAUUAUGUUCUACCACAAGGAGGUUUUGGCCUUCGGGCACGGCGUCGAGACGGCGAGGAUGCUCUGGGGAUCGACGCCGCAUGAUCAGCUGAUCAUCGAGGUGUCAAACUCGUUUUCCGGCCUGCUGCUGGUCCUUAUAGGGGGCCUGGUUUUCAUGGUGGGGUUCGUCCGGGAUCGGGAGUUCCAAUUGUUCUUCGCCAAGGGAUGUGUGGUGUUGCAUUUCCUGAUGGCCAUAUGGAGAGCAUUCUUUGAAAGACGAUUGGAGGAUUUGGCGUCGGAUUGGCCGCGGCAGCUCGUCGGGGAUUUAGUGUUGGCUCUUUCAUGGGUUUUAGUUUUUGCUUACACUUGGUCGGACAAGUAUGAUUAA